UCCCGAAAUCCACCCCUGCUGCCACUAUAACUUCAAAACGGAAUGGCAACCUCAACUUUACCAACUUUAGGAUAGGUCCAGCAGAACCCAUUUUGCUCGCCUUUUACCAGCACAACAUCAUCCCCUGAAAAAGCAGGCUCCGGCUCCUCCCGAAUUUCAGUUUCCGGAUUCGCUUUCAUUUCCUGCACACAGACAUGAAUGGACUCAGAAAAUUGAAGAAGGGGAUCAGCGGCAAGCGAGGCGACCCCCACGUCGCCCAACACGGCCAAACUCCAUAUGAUGAAUGGGAGGAGCAGCAACAAUAUUAUUCGCCUUCACCGUUGGUGAGCGCUUCACCACGGACGCCGCUGGUGAGCCCUUCACCGCGGGCGCCACCGGUGAGCCCCACGGGGUCGCCAAAGACCCCAGGAGGGAGCCAGAAGAAGCCAGUGCUGGGCAAGGUAAAGAGCAAGGCUAAGAAAUGGAUGCACCUUCUGCAUCACAAAAAGAAGCAUCCCUCGCACGAUGAUAUGAUGAUGUGGACACCACGUAUCGGGCCCAGCUCGGAUGACACCUACGGCAGGGGAGGACAAUACGAUGAUGAUGAGCGCCUUGGAACCCCAAGCACGGCACUACACCCAUCUUCAUUUGCUGAGUCGGAGUUCGAACCUGAGGUCUACGUGCAAGCAUCAUCAAGGCAGAACACGCCAGCCCCGAGCCCCACCGCUUGCCAGGAACAACCAUUCUUCAAGGUCAGCAGCAGGUUCGAGUCAGAAAUGAAGGAAGCCAAUGAAAUGCUGAUGGAAUCAAAGAAGCUGCGGGUCAAAACAUCCAAGCAGAAGACCGUGACAUUUGCACCGAUACUAGAAUACGGGCCAGAAAUCGAAAACAAAGUUUGGAGCAACAAGGAACGCCCUGAAUCGACAACCGAGAUAUUCAGAAAGGCAUGUGCUACAGUAUUCCAGGCUGCCCUCAAGAUGGUCUCUAGAAUCCAAGAUACAAUGGUAGCAUACAAUAUCGACAAAAGGCACAUGGUAGAGAUAUUAGUAUCAGUUAAUAGAUACCUUCUGCUCAAACUGGAGCCUAGUCCAGAUGACGAAGCACUUGCCGAAGUUAUCACUGAGGCUGCCCUAAAUCUGUUAGACGCAUGGACUGAGAAUGUUGAAAGGCCUUUGAUGCAGAGGGCAAAGAAAAUCUCUUCUUGGUUCCUGCAAGAAGGGAGAGUAGAAUUACCUCCUGUUUCGCUGUCUACACGUCCUUGUGCUGCAGAAGAUGCAGAAGAGUUCUAUUAAUUAGAGGAUUAACUACUGCUUGAAGCAAGAGACGAACACAGUGACACGGCAUCAGUAGAGAGUUAUUCGCCUUACAGUAUAUAGAUGCUGGAGGCGAAGACCAAGAGAAUGCCCCGAGUAAUACUUUGUUCGUAGAAUUGAUAGUAAAAACAUCUUGUGUGCUGUAAAAUGAAACCAAAGGGGGUUUCUUUCCUUUGUACAGGAGAGUAAAGUAAAGGACUACAAUCUUGAUCA